AAAUUGCAUUGCCAUUUCCAGUCUCGAACUCCCUUAUCCGCUGUGCAGUGAGCUUUUCUCCAGCAGAAAUUUUAGCAAGAAUACUAUCAAUCUUACCGAUUCCUAGAUUUUGCUCUAGUCUAUAUCAGUCUCAGGAUAUCAAUUAGUUCAGUUUUAAUUUCGCCCCCUCAGAAUUGAGAUGAAUUUUCGUAAUUGGUUUUUCGUGUUUUCGAACCAUCUUCGGAAAUAACUCGGUAAUGUUGAGUGAAAUAUUGCUGAUUCCUGAAAAUGAUUACUGCUGCUUUUCAUAAGAACGGUAUGAAACAUUUGGCCAACGGCAACCUUAACAAUCACUGCGAUGACCCGCGGGACGAAAGUUCUAGUAAUAUUUCCAAGGAUAAAUCAAGCGUGAUGAUCCCGGAACAGGAUUACACCCAACCACCAGUCCCUCAAGGGCAAGAGAAUACACCGGAAAUAGAUAUAGUAAUCAACAAUGUAGUCUGUAGUUUUAGUGUUCGUUGUCAUCUGAAUUUGAGACAGAUCGCACUCAAUGGAUGCAAUGUUGAAUACAAAAGAGAAUAUGGGAUGGUAACUAUGAAAAUAAGGAAACCCUACACGACUGCAUCAAUAUGGUCUAGUGGUAAAAUUACAUGUACAGGAGCCACCAGCGAGGAUCAAUCUCGCAUUGCCGCCCGCCGCUUUGCACGAGCACUUCAAAAAUUAGGCUUCAAAACACGCUUCACUAAUUUUAGAAUCACGAAUGUCCUAGGAACAUGUUCAAUGCCCUUUGGCAUUAAAAUAAAUCAGUUUUCUACGCAUCAUAGGGAAGCUGAGUAUGAACCUGAGCUUCAUCCCGGUGUAACAUUUAAAAUAAGAAGUCCCAAAGCUACGCUCAAAAUAUUUUCAACUGGAAGCAUUACUGUCACAGCUGGAAGUGUGCUAGAUGUGCAGCAAGCAAUUGAACAUAUUUUUCCUCUAGUCUAUCCGUUCCGCAAAGAACGAACGAAGGAAGAUGAACUGGCGCUAGAACAGAGACUGAAUAAGGCUAAAAAACGAAAAGCUACAACAGAAUUAGUUCUGGAUGAGGUUGAUGUUGAUAUUGAUGAGCCCUCCGAUGACGCCUCUGAUGUUGACUCUCUAGACUAAAGUAUGUUAAUGCAAAACUUCAUUUUUUAUCAUGUCAUGUACUCGUUUCACGUAUCCUUUUCCAUGGUAAAACUUUGCUUGGUAACCUAAGCCAAAAGUGAGAAUCAGGGUCUUAGUUAUAGCUCUAGCUGUUGCUCGCAUUUGAGAAACGUCAAGCUCGUCUGCAAAAAGUUUCAGGACUAGUAGAAGUAACCUAGUCCUUCAAUUAUUAACGUUGCAGCUGUAUUCAAAGUCAAAAGGAAUGAUUUGCAAGUUAGCGAUUAGACAGAUAAUCAGCAGAGUACAGGGAUGAAUUUAUAUCUGUAUCAAGUCACAAUAUCAUAUACCAUGCUUAAUUUGCACCAAUAGUCUACACAAAUUUAGAGGCUAUGUAAUCCAUGGUAGAAAGAAAACAGGUAUGGAUAUUGAAUCAACUUGCCUCCAUAGCUAUUUACUUUCACUGUCAAGCAACCUUUUUGUUUUUUUUUUUAGAAACAAGUGGCAUCAGUGUAGCAUGUUAAUAGGGCUGAAAAGAAAAGAGACAUGAAAUGGAGUAAAAAUAAAGAACAAUUUAGUUUGGACCUAUUUAUUUUUAAAGAAACCAAAUUCUUGUCUGUUCAAAGAUAGCUUGUUGGAUGUUUGGCAUGGAAAACUCGAGCUGGUACAAGUUCUAGUAUUGAGAAUAAUCUGUACCUUAUCCAGUCUGAGUCUCAGUAACAUCAGUUGUUCUAGUAAAAUUUCUAAGUGAUGGAUUUUUUCCAAGUAUUCAUUGCCCCUUGCCUUUUCAAAAGUCUUUGACUGUAAAUUUUAUUCAUGAAAUAAUUGCCGAAUGAUUCUUUGAACUAAUACCUGAACAAGUUCAGGCAGACUCCAAAUUCACCUGUCUGUUGUCUACUCCAAAAUAUCUGUGUGCCAUUUUAUAAGUCCCCCUUUUCCAUGAAAAGCAACAAUAAUAAAGACUGACAUGGAAGUAAUUCUAGCCUUUUUCAGUGUCUGAUCACUAAUUGAUGGGAGAAACUCCGUCUGUGUAGAUGUUACUAUUUUCAUCAUUGAAUCCUUCUUUCUAACCGAGAACUUAUAUUUUUUGGCUCUGCCCUCACUUAGAUUCUCCAUACCGCCAAAACUUUGUUUUUUUUUUUGGGUCCUGGAUUAGGCUACGUGAAAUGAUCCAUCCUCUUGUCUCAUGAAUACGAAGCAAUUUUUCAUCAGGAGUAAAAUCCUACAGGUGCCUUUGAUAACAAUUUGUGGGAAAUGAAAAUGGCACUUUUCUACUUACUGUUCAAUUAGAAGGGUCUUUUGUACCAUUUAUUUCAAUUCUGUAAUUAUUCAAGUGUAGUGUGUGCCGAAUUCCAUUCAGAAUUGAUCCAAAGUUUUCUGGAUGUAAAAUGCAUUGUAAUUAUCAAUUAUGUUUAAUCAAAUGACAAGUUCUUGAAAAGUCAGGAAAUUUUUCCCAACUCUGGAAAGACAGGAUAGUGCCAGGAAAUUUCGAUGUAGAACCUUGACAUUUUGUCUUUCAACCAAAACAUUGGAAUUUUGCAAUUUCAAGAGAUAAAGCCCCAAUUUUUUUGGGGGAAAAAUAACUUUUAUGAGUAAUCGUGCCCCCCUUCCCCCAAUUAAAAAGUCAGCAAAUUCCAUUCUAAAAACCCUGAGAAGUUAGGGUAGAGUUAGGGACUUUUAAAAUUCAUGGAAACUUGUCAUGUACCCUUUUUUAGGUAAAAGACAUUCUGAAUGCCAAUGAACCACAUUUUGCAUGAAGGAACUACAAUUUCCAUUGUAUGUUUGAUUGAAUGAACUAAACUAAAAAAAACCGCUGUUUUUGAUUCUCGGCAAUUAUGACCAAAAAGUUCGCCCAGUAUUUGAUAAAAGAGGGUAUAAACUUUCAUCUUUUUCAAUGCAUGCUGUCGAUCAGUAUGGAUCUGAGUCCAAUCUAAUGAUGUCAGGUUCCUUUCCUCGCUCUUCUGUUUUACGUAGAGGUAAAAUUGUGUUCUCACUCAAUGUAAGCUUUUGAGAGUUUCAAUGAACGUAAAGAACAACACGAAAAAUUUAAGUCAGGUAUGUGCUCAGGUAUUUUCUCAAUGAACACAUGAUGAUGGUUGGCAGUACUUGAAAUUUUAACUCGGUGCGCCAAAGCAUUCAAUUUUCGCUUUUCUCAAAGACCUAGGCCGUGUAAAUUUGUUGUGUCCUGAAAAACAGCAGAAGGUGGUUGAGGAGGAAUGAAUGGAGGAAGAAUGAGAACUUUCAGACCCAAAGAACAUCACAAAUUUACAGACCUGAAGUAAUUUUUCCCACCCAUCUUCACACUCAUCUUCAUCCCCUAUUUCUUUUCUCUUGUUCUCUAAUUUUAUUUGCAUCUCUAUAUCCUUUUAUUUUUUUAUUCUAUUUAGUUGUCAGUAAAUUUCCCUCGCAGUAUGGCUUGGUACAAUACCUCAGGAGGAUUCAUUUUUCUGUCAUUUUUUCUCAUCUCCUUCAGAAUUCAAGUCAAUUCUGAACCACUUAGUAUCUUUAUGCAAACUUAUCUGAAGCUGUAGUCAGGAAAUGUUUAUGGAAACAUUACAAAUUUGUAAUUCUCUCUAUAUUUACUUUUUGCUGUCGUGUAAAUAUCAAACGUAUGAAGAUCAUUUUUGAAUGAUUGCAGUCAAAUACACAUAAAUUCCUAGAA